CUGCACCAUGAACUACCAGCAGCAGCUGGCCAACUCGGCUGCCAUCCGGGCCGAGAUCCAGCGCUUCGAGUCGGUCCACCCCAACAUCUACUCCAUCUACGAGCUGCUGGAGCGCGUGGAGGAGCCGGUGCUGCAGAACCAGAUCCGGGAGCACGUCAUCGCCAUCGAAGAUGCCUUUGUGAACAGCCAGGAAUGGACAUUAAGUCGAUCCGUCCCGGAGCUCAAAGUGGGCAUUGUGGGUAAUUUGGCCAGUGGCAAGUCGGCCCUGGUGCAUCGCUAUCUGACCGGCACGUACGUCCAGGAGGAGUCUCCCGAAGGUGGCAGAUUCAAGAAAGAGAUUGUUGUUGACGGACAGAGCUAUCUGCUGCUGAUCAGAGAUGAAGGGGGCCCUCCAGAGGCACAGUUUGCCAUGUGGGUGGACGCUGUUAUAUUUGUCUUCAGCUUGGAGGAUGAGAUAAGUUUCCAGACGGUCUACCACUACUACAGCCGGAUGGCCAACUACCGGAACACGAGUGAGAUUCCGCUGGUCCUGGUGGGAACCCAGGAUGCCAUCAGCUCCACCAACCCGCGGGUCAUCGACGACGCCAGGGCGCGGAAGCUCUCCAGCGACCUCAAGAGGUGCACGUACUACGAGACGUGCGCCACGUACGGGCUGAACGUGGAGAGGGUCUUCCAGGACGUUGCCCAGAAGAUCGUUGCCACGAGGAAGAAGCAGCAGCUGUCCAUCGGACCCUGCAAGUCCCUACCCAACUCUCCGAGCCACUCGUCUGUCUGUUCCGCACAGGUGUCUGCCGUGCACAUCAGCCAGACAAGUAACGGAGGCGGGAGUCUGAGCGACUAUUCCUCCUCUGUCCCGUCCACGCCGAGCACCAGCCAGAAGGAGCUGCGUAUCGACGUACCGCCCGCGGCCAACACGCCCACGCCCGUCCGCAAGCAGUCCAAGCGCCGGUCCAACCUCUUCACCUCUCGGAAAGGGAGUGACCCAGACAAAGAGAAAAAAGGCCUGGAGAGCCGGGCGGACAGCAUCGGGAGCGGUCGAGCCAUCCCAAUUAAACAGGGCAUGCUGCUGAAGCGAAGUGGCAAAUCACUGAACAAAGAAUGGAAAAAGAAAUACGUCACCCUGUGUGACAAUGGUGUGCUGACCUAUCAUCCAAGUUUACAUGAUUACAUGCAGAAUGUUCAUGGCAAAGAGAUUGAUCUUCUGAGAACCACUGUGAAAGUCCCAGGGAAGAGGCCCCCCCGAGCCACAUCGGCCUGCGCGCCCAUCUCCAGCCCAAAAACCAACGGCCUGUCCAAGGACAUGAGCAGCUUGCACAUCUCACCAAAUUCAGGGAAUGUCACUAGUGCGCCUGGGUCUCAGAUGGCGAGCGGCGUCAGCCUGGGCUCCUUCAACAGCCGACCGGACGGCAUGCAGCAACGGUCCUACUCUGUCUCCAGUGCCGACCAGUGGAGUGAGGCUACGGUCAUUGCAAACUCAGCCAUCAGCAGUGACACGGGGCUCGGUGACUCCGUAUGCUCCAGCCCAAGCAUCUCCAGCACCACCAGCCCCAAGCUCGACCCGCCCCCCUCCCCUCACGCCAACAGAAAGAAGCAUCGGAGGAAGAAAAGCACCAGCAACUUCAAAGCCGAUGGCCUCUCAGGCACCGCUGACGAACAAGAAGAAAACUUUGAGUUUAUCAUUGUGUCCCUCACUGGCCAGACGUGGCACUUUGAAGCCACCACCUACGAGGAGCGAGACGCGUGGGUCCAGGCCAUCGAGAGCCAGAUCCUCGCCAGCUUACAGUCGUGCGAGAGCAGCAAGAAUAAGUCCCGACUGACCAGCCAGAGUGAGGCCAUGGCCUUGCAGUCGAUACGGAACAUCCGAGGGAACUCCCACUGUGUGGACUGCGAGACCCAAAAUCCCAACUGGGCCAGUUUGAACUUGGGAGCCCUCAUGUGCAUUGAGUGCUCAGGGAUCCACCGGAAUCUUGGCACCCACCUUUCUCGAGUCCGAUCUCUGGACCUUGAUGACUGGCCCAUUGAGCUUAUCAAGGUGAUGUCGUCCAUUGGGAAUGAGCUGGCCAACAGCAUCUGGGAGGAGAGCACCCAGGGACGGACGAAGCCCUCGCUGGACUCCACGAGGGAAGAGAAGGAGCGGUGGAUCCGGGCCAAGUACGAGCAGAAGCUCUUCCUGGCCCCGCUGUCGUGCACGGAGCUGUCCCUGGGCCAGCACCUGCUGCGGGCCACCGCCGACGAGGACCUGCGGAUGGUCAUCUUGCUGCUGGCGCAUGGCUCCCGGGACGAAGUGAACGAGACCUGCGGGGAGGGGGACGGCCGCACGGCACUGCACCUGGCCUGCCGGAAGGGCAAUGUGGUCCUGGCCCAGCUCCUCAUCUGGUACGGGGUGGACGUGAUGGCCCGCGACGCGCAUGGGAACACGGCGCUGGCCUACGCGCGGCAGGCCUCCAGCCAGGAGUGCACCGACGUCCUGCUGCAGUACGGCUGCCCCGACGAGCGCUUCGUGCUCAUGGCCACCCCCAACCUGUCCAGGAAGAACAAUAACCGGAACAACAGCGGCGGGAGGGUGCCCACCAUCAUCUGAGGACCGGCGGUGCCUGCAGCCUCCCGCGCGCCCUCAGGGAUCACGCCACGUGAGUCCCGUCGCGUCCCCUCACUCCUCCUGGUGGUCCCCAGCCAACCCCCCAUGCCUCCACCCCCCCUCAAGCCAAGCGAAAUCACAAAACCCGGAUGGGUCCUCAAGGGGCGAAGAGGAGGCCUGGAGGCUGCAGCAUUGAUUCCUUUGCAUAAACUCCCCUGAUCAACACACAGGAGCGACCGGCGGGCCUGGGUUCGUUGAUGGUAGCACACGGCUACCUGGUCCUGGUCCCUCCGGUGGCCGGGAGACAGAGCGUGGCACAAGGGACGGGACAUGGGGGAGGGGAGGCGCGCAGCCAGGAGAAGGGGUAACUCUCCUUAACUGGCAGUUCAGCACAUCAGUACAUUUCACCUCUACCAGACGGAACACUUGGGUUUCAUCUCUUCUCCGAGGAGCUUGACGGCAUAAAUCAGAAGCAAGCAGAGUUUGUCAGGUUUGAAGCCCCUAUGAUGGUAUGUGUCAAAUCAGUUGUAGCUAAUCUGUCCAGGGAGAAUACUGGCUUCAUUACACUCGUAUAGUUGAGUUCUUCCAGCAUUACCGCUGUUUAAUAGAACAUGAUUAGUCAUCACCGAGAAGAAAGCAUAUUAGCCAAGGAGGUAGUUACACAGCACGCUCUGAUGAUUGCCACGAUGUGAUUGCAAUACUCUUAGAAGCAUCAUAUUAUCCCAGACAUGUUCUUUCAAGCCCUUGGAGCCCUCCUUUCUAAAUUCACUGUCAUAAUUUAGUAUCUGUUUAAUUUUUCAGUCCAAAGAGAGGAAAUCAGUUGCCGAGUAUUAUUUGACUGCAGUCUCCUUGGCGCAAAAACAAAAUGGAAAAAAUAAAUAAGAGUGACUUGGAAGUUCAAAAGGAAAUCACGAAUUCAGCUAACGACAGCAUUUUGAGCACAUUUAGUGAACUAAGUAAAUGCGUAAAAGGCUAUUUUUGCCCAAACCUGAGAGAUAGUUUGUGUCCUUUUGCCAAGGUGGGUGUCUUGGGUCUCAGUCACUCUGGGGCCGUGUUGCCCAAGUCACACAGGCUUCUGUAUUCUGUCUUUAGAUGAGAUGUGUUGAAAAUCUAUUUGAAUAAAAGAAGUUCAUAAAUAUGCAUUGAUUUCUGUACAGACAAAUGGCACCUCUGUUAAUUUAUAAAUUGAACUGGAUGUGAACUAAUAAUAUGCAACUAGUUGAGAUAAGAGGGUUACAGAUCAUUGUACACGGGAAAUAUUCCCAGCAGUAAACACUUCCAUUAAUGUGA